CGCAGGCUACCUUACAGGGCGGUGCUCCCUAACUCCUGCCCUGCGGACGAGGCUCGGCAUUCUCAGAAGUAGUGCCGACGCGAGACAUCCACCUCAGUCGGUCUUUCUCUCAACCAGCGCGUGCCUAUUAACCGCCCACCCAGCCCGCUCUUUGUCAUGAACAGCGCAGUUCUCAAAUCGGUAUCCCCCCGCUCGCGUGAGAAACUAUCUAAGGCCCUACAAGACAGAAAUAUGGGCGCAGGCGCCGAGUCCUCGUGGAACUUCAAACCGCAACCCCGAGAGAGUAGAGAUCUUGCCCGAAAAGAGCCACUGCGAUCCGGGACAAAAAGGCGACUGAGCACGACCUCCGAGAUCGAUCCGUUGCGCGCGAAGGUUCCAUUGUCGCGGAUAGACGCGCAGCCUCGAGCUGAGGGCGAGAACGUAGAGGAGGCGGCUGAGACUGUCCUUCAACAACCCAAGCCCCAGCCUCCCCAGCACCCGUAUUCCUCGUUCCUUCGAGACUUCGUCGAUCCUAUCGAUCCCGACCCUCGCCCUCAAGCUGAAUCUGUCUACGCUUCAGUCUCCAACUGGCUCACGUCUCUUGAGCCAGAUCGCUGGAAUUGCUCCCGGUCGGAUAGCUAUCUUCGCGACGAACCUAUUGCGAGCAAUUUCACCAAAUCAGCGCCAGAGAUGAAUUACACGCAAGAUGCGAAUGGGUAUACUAUCCCACAAACCACUGUCUCCACUGCAUCUCGUUCGCAUGGCAUAGACUCUGGAUCAACCGCGCCUUCGGAUAUCUGUGGUUCGGGUAGAAAGACUGCCCUCGUGGAGACCCAUGGGUACAGGGACUUCAAUUUGGCGCAAAACGGCAUUUACAUGCGGUCUUCGCGCGAGAACCCUCCAGAACAUAUUGCUACUCUCAUCAAACAUACGCGCAAGGUCCGUCAGUCUCCCGGUCCGUCGACAGACGAAGUAUGGCAAGACACAGCUUUAGAAGCGCUCGGCGAUGGCGCAACAGAAGCGCAAGUUGAAAAGUACUUCAGUACCAGAGUAUUCCCCGAUUACGACCCAACGGACGUUCUGGUUCGCGCCGAAAGACAAUCCAUGUUCAAACAUGUUACCCCAACACAGAGAUCCACUCAUCACGAAAUCAGCACUCCCGCGCCUGACCUCCUUUACGGAUAUCGGAACCGUGUAGCAUUUCCUCAGCAACAACUUCAACUUAGCUCGAUGGAAAGUCAGUUGUGGGCCAACAGCCAAUGCCUGAUAUACCCAUUCUUCGCGAUAGAGUUCAAGGGUGACGGUGGAAGUAUGCAGGGAGCCGCAAAUCAAUGUCUUGGAGGAUCUGCGUCUUGCGUUAACCUUCUUGAGCGCCUCAACCGCAAGCUAUUGAACUGUCAGAGUGACACAGUCAGGCCUAUUGACAGUACUACAUUCAGCAUCGCUAUGGACGGUACGCAGGCACACCUCUACAUUACCUGGAAGCACAACGAGCAGGAUUUUUACAUGCAAGAAUACGAGAGCUUCUUACUUCAGAAGCCUGAGCAAUUUCUAGAAUUCCGCAAGCAUGUCAGAAACAUUAUCGACUGGGGCAAAGAUACGCGACUGAAAAAGAUUCAAGGCUCCUUGGACGCCCUUCUAGAGGAGAGCAGGAAGAAGGCUUCUCAGGCUGCAAAGUCUCGCCCGCCACCUUCUGAUGAUUCAAGUAAUGGCGGUCGCAAGAGAGGGAAACACUCAUGAUCGAGCAAAGCUCGAGCAAAAGCAAGAGCAGGUCUAGCAGUGUGCAAGGACAUACCGGCGGAGCCAAUGAAACUUGUUGGGAGAUGGAUAUGUGACGAUGCCAA